AUGUCAUCACCUAUGAUCUCAAACUCAACAAGUGACCGAUCACACAGAAUAAAGAAAAAGAAGAAAGCCCUAUCAAAAAUCCAACAACAUGCCCAAGAACAAGAACAAAGAAUAACCAAAUGGAGAUCACAAGCUCAACAGCAAAUCUACUCUUCCAAACUACACCAGGCUUUAGCCAGAGUCAACCUCUCCGGCACCGUUCCUCGCCGCGGGAAGGCCGUCCGGGAAGCCGCCGAUAGAGUUCUCGCCGUCGCAGCCAAAGGAAAAACCCGGUGGAGCCGGGCCAUACUCACCAACAAACUAAAGCUCAAGUUUAGAAAACAGAAGAGACAUCAUCAACAGAGAACCGUCGGUCCAUCCCGGUCUAAAAAAGCCCGGUUCGCUGUUUUGCGUCUAAAGGGAAAAACCCUCCCAGCGGUUCAGAGAAAAGUUAAAGUCCUGGCCCGGUUGGUUCCAGGUUGUAGGAAAGAACCUUUACCGGUUAUUCUUACAGAAGUUAUUGAUUAUAUUCCGGCUCUUGAGAUGCAAGUCCGAGCCAUGGCAGCUCUAGCUGAUUUCCUCGCCGGUGCUUCUUCUUCAGCGGCCUCCGCCUCCGCCUUCCCACCGCCGAGUUAA